AUGUCACGACAAGCACGCACCCGGUUGUCAACUCCGUCAAAAGAGCACAGUUCCAUUUCUAUUACUUGUAUUCCAAGAAAACCAAGGAAACUUGAGAGCACAUAUAUUAAAAGGGAUCAUACACCAGAUAAGCCUGCAGAACACAUCGCCCUGGAGCAUAUUCAGUCUGUGGACCAAAUAAACCUCCGUACCGAGCAGUUUCUUAUUGUUCGUGACAAAUUACUCGCCAGUCUUUCACGCGUUCGUGAGUUGGAAAAACAAGUCCAAGCAAUACCGGUAUUAGAGGCCAGAAUAGAAGAGUUGAAGUUGCGUCUGUUUAGGCAGAUCCACAAACCUCUUUAUAAACAAUCUUUGGGCUACCCGCCUCUUGAAAAUAUCACUGUUGAAGCGAAUGAUCAAAUUCUGAAGCCUUACAUUGUAGCCAGAUCAAGUACUACUUAUAAAGCAAAAACAAACCAUUCUGUUCCUCCAAAGCCCUUUGGAGAUGAUGUAGGAACCGAUUACGAGUUGACUGAUGGGAGGGAAGUAGUCACCCUAGAUUCAGAUGCGGAUUUCAGCACAGUUGCCAGUUACGCGACAACAGAGAUUGCGGUUCAGUUUCCAUUCACUGAGACAACGGAAAAAAGACGUAUUGCACAAAAUUUCAGCUCACAUGACUGCGUACAACAUUUUGUGAAUUUAUUAGAGACCUACGUUGCCAAAAGUAAGCUGUAUCUCAAUAAGGGAUUCAAUAAGGAAAAACUUGAUGAAUUUACUAUCCAUUGUAACAAUCUUGAUUGGAAUCAAAUUUUGCAAAUGCUCCGUAUCCUUGAUUUGCAAUCGCCAUCCUUACCCUCCCCACCUCCAUUGGAUGAGUUCCCUCGGCUGCCAACGAGAGAUCCUUGUUGGUGUCUUCAUGGUUCACAGUUGAAAAAUCUCCCAGGACAAACUGGCCAGCCGUGCAAAGCUGCAAAGACUAAUUCCACUAAUGGCGACUGUAUUCCUAUCACUUCACAUCAUCCAACUCUCUCACCGUCAAGUCUACCACCACACAUGUGUAAACUCGGGGGCUUUCAGGCUCGUUUGUCGCGUUCUUAUGUGGUUCUGACCGACGUUUUACUCUCGUCGGUUACAAUAAAUCAGCAACUAUACAUGGCGUUUGCUUCUCUGCAUUACAGACCGCUAACUCUACCAGUCCAACAACGUUUUAUCCAGAAGCAUCUUUGCUAUCUAGUCAUCCGUCAUACACGACCCAUAUCUACUGAUCGUUUUGUACCACCGUCUACAGUCUCUGUAAUAUCGCGUUUUGGUUUCCGGCUGCAAGAUCGCUCUAUGGUAAAGGAACCUUCAGCACAGGCUAUCGAAAACAAACUCUUGCAUUCUGAACCCUAUGAAACCUCGUCCUGGAUUGCAACCCGAAAUCUCAUUUCGACAGCUUUAUCCCCAGCCUCAGCCAAUCGUAAUCUGAUAUCCAAGGUUAAUUCGUCAUUUAUUUUCCUGCCAGUGUUAGAUCGGUUUCAUCGUUCACUUACUUACUCAGUCACAGAAACAAAGGAAGAACUGGUUGUGACUGAAACUGAGGAGCUAUUCGGUCACUGGUCCCCAACUAGCACACGUAUGCUCCAACCACUCUACCGAACGGCACAAACCCUAAGGUCAGUGAAAGGUCUAAAUCCAGUUAACUGCAAGCACGUCAUGGAGGCAUGGACGACCAACAGGCACACAAUGCAGACCCAGAUGUCAAUCAACGAGGGCUUUAUUAGUUUAUCUGAUUUAGAGAAGAGGCAUUCUUCACAUCCCGAUCUAAUGGUCAGGCGUAAUGAAUUUAUGUGUCUCCAUCGGCAACAAUAUCCUUUCAGUCACUCCGUUGGUGAAGUGCAACAAAAUGAUUUGAAUGCAUCCAGUGUCCAGUCCCAUAACUUUGAGAAAGAACUGUUCGAUCCAGAGCAACUACCUUCUCUACCGUUUGCUGAGGCAAAUUCCUCUUCCAGCCACUCGAGUACACCUAACACCGCUGAUCACACAUCUGUUUCUCUGAAUAAUCACAUGGCGAACGAUAAAACGCUCACACUUCCCUCGGAUCCAAGCAAAGUACAAUCCGAUCGAAAGGAUGUGGACGAUGCAUGGGUAAAAUCAACAAUCAGACUAAAUUCCCGACUAAACACCCCAACUACAUAUGAUUCCACAACUAGCAAGAGUUCAGAGGAAAAUGAAACAAAAUCCGAGAUAUCGAAAGGAAAAAUUACUUGGUUGUCCAAACACAUUAGAUUCGCAAGACGGACUGCUAACCAGCCGACAGAAUCACAAGAAUGUUUGAAGGACGAAGGCUCAACUGGUAGUCGGAUCAUCAGUCGCAAUUUGCCAAGCAAGAUGAAAAUGUGGAGUUGUGCAAGCAAGCGACUGUCAGAGAAGCCCAGAAAACUAGAUGAACAUGUCCCAACUCCAGCUCAGAUGGAUGCGUGUGGCAAAAAAGAAGAACAGGAGGUGGAAGGUCCGAAGAAUGAUUACAUAAACUUGGUUUCCUUGGCCUUUCUGGAUGCGUGUCGUACAUUUGCGGCCUGGCUGGAAGAUUCAACGAACAUUACCUCAAAAGUUAUGAAUGAAGCUACAAAUACCGUGCGACGUAUUUGGUUUGAAGUCACCUCAGGACCCUUAUCGACAGGUGAACAGGUGGAAGCCCACAUCAAUGCACUGCGAUCAGUCCCCGGUUGUCCGGUUGAUCGGAUUGUUAACAUGGUGGAUCACAAGGGAAACACAGCCGUACAUUAUGCGGUUAGUCAUGCUCGUUGGAGCGUGGUUGGUGCCUUGCUUAAAAACUGUCCAGGACUUGAUGUGGACAAGUUUAAUCACGCUGGAUACACACCCACCAUGCUUGCUGCUGUGGUGACUGACCAGCCGUCCAAUGCAGAUGAUAUGGAUUCGCUUAACCUACUGUUGUCCCGGGCUAAACUUUCGCUUGUCUCAGCUACUUCGCAAAAGCAAUCAGUCCUUAUGUUGGCCGCAAUUCAUGGUCGCGUAGCUCUAGUGCACCGGUUGCUACAAGUACAUCAUGCUCCCAUCAACCAACCAGACGCAGAGGGAAGUACCGCACUGAUGGCUGCAGCAGAACAUAACCGCUCCAAUGUGGUUAGACUUAUUUUAUCUCAACCGGAUGUGAAUGCAGAGGCGAGAGACAAUGAUGGCUGUACUGCACUGGACAUCGCGCUGGCGCGUAGACACCACGAAAUUGCGUUAAUGAUCUACGCCAAAGUAAAGAUGAAGAAGCUGGUUCCGACACAAGCAGCUGGUGACAACGAUGCAUUACACACAGUGGGAAGACUAAAAAAGCACAGCACUCGGGUCAUUUCCAGUUAAAACGGUUCCAACGUUAAGUCCCUGAACACAAAACGGUUGUAAAACUCGAAUUUCGGCUCUCCAAUGAUUUGAUUCGAAAACAGCGCCCGACCGGUGGUUAUCAAACUCGUCCCGAGAGCCCGCAAUACAGAACAAUACCUGCCGACGGAAUUUGUCAACAUACUAAUCUGAGGCUUUGUCGGAAUAACAUGUACAUCAUAUAUGUGAA